GGAGGUUUCUCUCCAAAACAAGCAGCGCCAGCCUUAACCAACACUCUCACUUUUCCUCUCUCUUUGCACCGCCCAUCGCAAACCUAAACUAAACCAAAAAAACACAAUAAAACCACCAACCUAUAAAUACUAUACUAUGUCUCUGGCUCUUCACACUUUUCCUCAUCACUCCCUCAAACUCAGUCUUACUUCUUUUCUACCUUCGUCUAUGGAGCAAAUUACACUCUCUCAACAUGAUGAUCAAGAUUCGGUUUUUUCAGAUAGCGAGAGCAGUGUUUCCGGCACGGUAAUGGGGUCAUCAGAAGACGCUUCUUUCGUCAGACUUCUUCAAGGAGAUGUGCUUCAUGACCUUAUCAAGACACGCUUUAUUCGUGGGCUGGGUCUGCUUGGGCCCAAAACGGAGGUUCUUUCCGUUCACCGAAACACGUGUUCUGGCGUCGUUUUGCAGGCACGCCUCCAGUCGUUUCAGCUUCACGCUAGGGCGGUGGCAGAACUGCGUGAAGGGAAUGCCAACGUCAAGUACGCUUGGUACGGAACUCGCGGUGAAGAUGACGUAAACAACAUAGUUUCUCACGGGUUUGCCCACGUCCAUGGUCCUCAGCUACUUCUCUCCCCCGAUGACGUUCCUCUCCAAAUUGUUAGAGAGUGUGUAGUUGGCAAAGACGGUGUGAGGCACGCACUUCUGUGUCGCGUUAUUCUAGGGAGAUCGGAGCUUGUUGAUGAUGACACAGAACAAUGUUAUCCAAGUUCCGAGAAGUAUGAUUCCGGGGUGGAUAGUUUUUCAGCUCCUAGCAAGUACAUAAUUUGGAGUAAUCGCAUGAACACUCAUGUCUUGCCUGCAUAUGUUGUAAGCUUCAGGGUUCCUUCUUUCAAAGGGGUUGAGAAGAGUGAAGAAGAACUUUCGAGACCUACUUCGCCUUGGAUGCCAUUCCCAACUCUGAUUUCUGCACUUUCAAAGGUUUUGGCUUCUCGUGAUAUUGCUCUAAUCUCCAAGUUCUACAGAGAUAAAAGAGAGAAGAAGAUUUCACGACAUGAGCUUAUACAAAGAGUGAGACAAAUAGCAGGGGACAAGUUGCUGUUUGCAGUCAUCAAAUCUUUCAGAGAAAAGAAGAAACAAAGGUUUCUACAAACAAGGUGAAAGAAUGGGUUAGCAACGACACAUGAGUUCUAAUGCUGGGGUUGACACAAUACUAAACUUCAUAACCAAACACAAAACUGUUUUUUCUCUUUGUUUUGUAAUUUGUAGUUUUCUAUUCUGAGGUUGAUGUAUGUAGCACAGAUAGGCAUAGGAGAAGGAAUGGUUUUUUCUUUAGUUGCCACUUCCAUUCAAAAUGAUGUCAUCCAUUAAUACAAAUAGGUUAUGAUGGACUCAUUGAUCUUCGCCAAUGCCAAUGCACUGUCCUGUACAUACUAAUUUUCUUUCUUUUUCCUCUUUUAAUAUAUUAUUUCUUCA